UAAAGAUCCAAGGAUGUUUCGGUGAUUAAAAAUUGAAAUCUUGUCAAUUACUAUUGUCAAAACGUUAUUCCAAAAUGAAUUUUAUCUGGAUUCUUUUAUUCUUACCAUUCCAUGAAGUUUUAGCAACAGAGUAUUGUUCAGAUGUCCUGAAAUGUAACGGUAUAACAAAUUCAGGUUGCGAUUGCAACUUCGGACCGAAUUGCCAGGCCCCAAAAGAACACACAAUAACCGAUGCAAUUAGAAAUAGUUUACUGGUUGCUCACAAUAAAUACAGAGAAAAAGUGGCUUCGAAUGACGAAAAGCGUGGAGGUAUACAAGGCGGUGCAACCAAAAUGUACGCUUUACAAUACGACAAGGAGUUAGAGUAUACAGCCACAUGUUGGAACAAAAAAUGUACUUUUGCCCAUGACCAAUGUCGAAUAACCGAAGUUUUCCGGCCCGCAGGACAAAACCUAUAUUGGUCAUCGGGAAAAGGAUGCAGUUGGAAUUUCAACUUAAAUCAAGCAACUGAAUUAUGGUAUGAUGAAGUUAAAGACAUGACGAAAGAAUGUUUUGAAGCUUACGGUAUAGGUUGCGAGUCGUCCAAAGUUGGACAUUUUACGCAAAUGAUUUGGGCUGAAACAACUCACGUUGGUUGUUCUUUAGUGGAAUACGCCGGACCAACAUGUCAACUUGCUUGUAAUUAUGGACCGGCUGGAAAUUUUUUAAAGGAGGAAGUAUUUAAACGUGGCGUUCCAGCUUCGGAGUGUGAUUUUAAAAGUAAGGUUUACAAACAUUUGUGUUUGUUAUCCAGCGACCAAGAAGAAGAAGACGAGAAAAAUAUACAAGAACGUGGAAUUAAAGAUCGAGAUACAGGACAACCUAACAUGACGAUUGUUAGAUCUUCAGCUGAUGUUAUUAGAAUGAAUCGGCAGAAGUUUAUUUUUAAGUUUUUAAUGAUUUUGAGUUGUUUUGUUCUCUUGUAAUUUAUUUUCAUGUUAAAAAAAUAAAUUAUUUUUCGGAAAUUUGAACUUUACAGUAGGAAGUAUACCAGGAAUUUCAUA